CACCUAUCGGCGCGCUACAGGGGUAUUUCGCAAACGAUCUCUCGAAGGCGGGACGAACAGGGCGCACUGGGAGGACGUCACAGAGAACACUCCGCUCACGUUCGUGAAUGAUUGUGUUUCGUUCACCACGACGGUCUCGGCGCGGUACUGGCUGAUCGAUUGCAGACAUGUCGAGGACGCGACGAAAAUGGCAACAGAGUUAUACAGAGAAGCGAUCCACGUGCCAUUCAUGGCGCGUUUCGUGGUGUAUGCGAAACGGACGGACGACUGCCAGGCACAGCUGCGGAUGUUCUGCGUCACCGAUGACAAAGAGGACAAAGCGCUGGAGAGGAUUGAGAGGUUCAUACAAGUUGCCAAGAGUCGAGAUGUUGAGGUCCACGAAGGCAAACCCAUCUACCUCGAAUUCGGCGGCAACUUAGUCCCGAUAGCCAAGUCCGGGGAACAGCUGACGCUGCCCUUCCGCGCGUUCCGGGAGAACAGGGUCGCGUUCCCCGUGAUGAUCAAGACCCAGGACCUGGAACCGAUGUGCAGGUGCCAGUUCAUGAGGGACCCGAAGGUGCCGAAGGGCGAACCUUCGCCUACCCCUAUCGCAGUACUCAACAUCAUGGUGCCCGAUGAGCUGCCGGUGGAGAGGAUGUCUCCAGCACCGACGGACACUGUGCCAAGAAGGACGGAGGAGCAGGAGCUGAUCUGGAGACAGCGGCUCAGCGAUCCUGGGUUCGAAGAUAUCUGCAAUCUCCUAGGCAAAGACUGGGUAGCGCUGGCCUACGAGCUGGGCGUGAACGUAGCCACUGUCAACCAGAUCCAGGCCAAGAGGAUCACCACUUCGGAGCAAGCGCAACUCAUGAUGAAGCUGUGGAAGACGCAGUCGGGGACUAAAGCUCAAGAUAAUUCGUUGGAACUGGCGCUAUGUCGGAUAGGAAGGGAUGAUAUAAUAGCAUCGCAAUCAGAAGAAACGAAUGAAAGACGCAUACAACGUAACAUUUACCAAGAAAGACAAGCAUCAGAAGAAAUUGAAGCUUACAAAGCCGAAGAAGAUAAUAAAAUCAAAGACAGACGCUUCGAUAGUGACAUACCAGAGCGGUUACGCAGAGAAUCUGAUCAAGACCAAGACGAAGCAAAAUACUCUCCAGAAGAGAAAUCUGUUGUUGACAAGAGUGAGAUGGAAAGGACGGCUACACCUCCAACACCAAGUGAGGAGAGUGAAGAAGAUGAAGAUGUUAAGCGCAGUGUAGCUGAAAGGAAGGAGCAAAUAACGAGAAAACUUAGUCAAAGCAGAAUUCCUGCUUCUAAGCAGAAAAAAGAAAUUAGGGAGGAAAUUAUUGAAAUUAGGACACAAAUCAAACCUGAUAUCAAGAAAUUCCAUGAUAUUGAACAACAAGUUAAAGACAAGGAUCCCAAAUUAGAAAGAACACGGUCGAAAACAUCUCCAGAUACGGUCGAAGAAGAACAAGAAAUUGAAGUUCAUAGAGAAGAAAUAGUAGAAGUGGUGAAAGAAGAAACAAAACCUGUGGAGCGACCUGUAGAGCAGUUUAGGAAAUUUGACCCGUCGUCACCUGCUAAGCCCACGCCAAAGCAUCUACAGAGGCAUAUGAGAAAUGAAUCAAUGCGAUUCCCGUCAGGUGACUUCUCGAAUGUCACUAUCACUCCUAGAAAGUCUGUUACAGCGGAAACUUCUGAAGUAAAAUCUGUAGUAACUAAAUCCGAAAGUACUAAAGAUACGAUUUCACAAAAAGAAAUAGAUAGUUCACGAGUUGAAGAGAAACUGGAUGAUGGUGAACGAUCACCAGACUUAGUAGACGACAAAGACAUUGCUGAAUUACCUUUGAAGGAUAAAAUCAGUUCAUUCGAAUCUAAAAUGUCAAAAGAGUCUUCUAUAGAAUUGCCUAAAACAACUGUUAAACUAACAAAAGAAGCAUUAAAAAAACAUACGCUUGAACAAGAGCAAGGUAUUGAAUAUACCCAAGAAUUUGUUAGAGAACAAUCAAAGCAAAUAUCGAGUAUGGAAAUUCAAGAAAGUGUGUCACAUAAAGUUUCUCAUGUUGAAACUCAUGUGAAGUCUGUCAAAGAUACAAUCCAGCAGUUUGAUUCAAAAAUCAAAGUGGAUGAUAAAAUAAAACCAAUGCCAAAAACAAUGCGAACUGAUUCAACAUUAGUUCAGGUCUCAUCUGAAGAAGACAGUGAAUUUUUAAAGAAAUCAACAGAUUCUGAGACAGAAACGGAAUCCCAGACUACUGUAAAAGUAGAAAAAGAUGGAACUAAGUCCAGAAUACCUAGAUUUGUAGGAGAUGUAUUUGAACCAAAAGAUAAGGGAGACAAACACAAAAAGCCAAUAGACAUGGAUAAGCAAAAUGGAACUGCUUCUAUUGCAGUCAAGGAAAAGAAAUUAGAAAAACAGAUGACAAAUGAACUGCGGACGAAAGUUAGUGAAGAAGAAAUAACUGAAACACUAGAGGAGAAAGACGUAUCUGUUGGCGAUAAGUUAAAAGAAAAGGUGUCUGCCCAAAUGAGUAUUACAAGUGCAAAAUCAGAUACAACUAAACACACCAAAACUGAUUCAAUAGGGUCAGAUCUCCAAGAUAUGACAGGGCGAAAAGUAUCGCAAGAAUCUCCUGUACCUUCAGCUAUAGAUAAGGCAGAUUCGUUUGCGGAUUUGCAGCAAAGCACCGAAAAGGAUGUUAGUUUUAUAUCUCAAACUGAAUCUAAGGUCUACUCCAAAGAUUCCAAACAUCGAAGUGACUCUCUAGAUGAAGCAUCUCAAUUUUCUGAUUUAGAUGAUCAGUUAGGAGCUAGUCCUGCCCAUAGACCAGUUUUAGAAAAGACCGUGGAAGAAACAAUUGUUACUUCUUCAGGAGUUAGUGGUAAAGAAACCACAUCCAAAGCUCAAACACUUGAAUUUUUAAAGUUCGAAAGCGAAUACAGUGCUCAAAUACACUCCUCAGCUUUGACAGCGAGAGAACAGGAAAAGGUAUCACCAAAAGAGUCACCAGUUAUAAGCGCGAAGGCACGUCAAUUUAUUGAAACUGUCCCAGAAGAUGAUUCGGUUCAAGAAUGCUUUUUUUCAAAACGCAUCUACUCCGAUUCUCUUGAGGACUCGGAACACACUGAUUCAAGACGCCACUCUGAAGCGGAUUCCCUUAAAUCGGACCAAUCAGAUAUGAAAGCCAAAAUAUCGUCAUCUGAUUUCGAUGAAAGAGCAGAAUUUGAAGAAACUAUUGAUUCGGGAAGUGGCUUUGGUGAUGAAAAAUUCGAAGAAAGCGUCGCUGGUUUUACUUCAAUGAGGUUUGAACCUAAGCGGACUGACUCUGACAAGUCAGAAUCAGACAAAGAAGGAGAACCUGUGUUUAAGAAAAUGACACCAAAACGUCAUUCUAGAACUGAAUCUGUAUCGAUUAGUAAACUCAGUGAUUUAGAAAUUGACAAACCUAAACAAGAAAAACAAGAGUUUCAAGUAAUUGUAACGGAAGCAGAGGAGGUGGAUAAGUCAUUUGAAAAAGACGAACCAUCUGACAAGAUUUCUUCUGAAAGUAGUCGGGAAAUCGAAAUAUCAGAUCGUAAGUCCUCAGAAGGUGUAUCUGAUAAAAUAAGCUCAGAAGAUGCCGUGACAGAAAAGAAAUCUUCGUCUGAAGAAUUCGCAAGAGACGAUCAUGCCAUUUCACAAGAAAAGGAGGUUAUUACAGCUGUCAAACCUUCGACAAAGGAAAUCGAAACAGUACAGACAAAGACUCAAGUUUUCAAGGAAGAGGUUCUAGAAAAAGUCGAUGUAGUGAAACGACAGUCAGUGACAUCGGCUGGAUCUGGUUCUGUAAGUGAAUUACGCUUAGAAGAAAAGCGCCUCUCCGAUGCACAUAGUCUGACUGAAUCACGAGACUAUACGUUCGAAGAAUCAGAGGAUGACAUUGGUACUCAGGGUACUCAUGUUGCAGAAGUAUCUAAAACGAUUGAACAUAAAUAUGAUAUUGAUACAAAGUCAAAACCAGUAUCAGGUAAACCAGAGCAAUCAAGGCUUUUUAAACUACAACACGGUGAUUCUCUUGAUGACGUUGAAGGUUUCCCUGAAGAUCAUGUAACAGAACAUGUUCACAAACUACCUCACAUAGCUGAAAUUGGAUAUUCACAAGAUCGAGAUAUAACAAAAGAUUUUCUAAGCAAAGAGAGAGAAGAGCAAAUAAAGCGGGAAAGUACACAGGUUGCAUCGAAAACUUCAGAAAGUGUAAGCUUAAGCUUAAAAGAUGGAGUGGGAGAACCAAUUAAAGCAACGGGGAGCAAAAUACCUGUAAGCAUUACGAAACAGAUUGAAAAAUCGGAAACUGUAAGUUUCAAAGACGGACCAGUAGAAGAAAUCAAAGUUUCUGGGAGUAAAAUUCCAGUUAGUAUUAUGAAACAAGCUGAAUCAUCUUACAGUGAAACAAAAACAGAGGGACCUACAGUAUCUGUAAAAACCACUACAAGUAAAAUAACUGAACGCUCAUCAUCUGACAAAAAAGAUAUACAAAUAAAGAAACAAACCGCUAUAAUCGAAAGUAAAUUUGAUGUUUCGAAGAUAAGAACUGACACUCUUGGUCAUUUUGAUAUUGCGGAUGAUACUAAAGAAACAAAAGAUGCUAAGAAAUUCGUGCCUAAAGACUUAGAUUUACAAGAAACGCAUGAAAUCACAAAAGAGCAAGUUAAACCAGUAAUAGAUGACAUAUUGCAGAAAGGUACGAUUGCGGCAGCUACAAGAAGUCCAGUGAAGGAGAAAGACAUCAAAUCUAUUACCAAAGAUUUAGUUGAAACAGAAAAGAGAUCUUACGACGCUAAAGCCCCGCAUAAAGAAGAGCGACGACAUUCUUGUAUCAGUCCUGCGAUUUCCCUGGAAAGGAUUGCGGAAUCCGAAGUAGAAGCGGAAGAAGAGACUAAAAAAGUUACUAGCGUAGUUUCAGAAAGCAAAGUAAUACAAGAUACAAAAUUAACUAUCAAAAAAUCAGAUUCAGCUAUGAAAAAAAUGGCUGAUAAUAUCGAAAUAAUUAUCAAACAAGCUUCAGAAGAUGUGGAUCUGUCUUCUGAAGAGCCACUGGAAACUGGUGAAACUCAUGACAUUGCAGGGCAAGUAUCUGUUGAUUCAAUUAUAGAAGAAGCAGUUAAUACCGUAGAAGAGUAUUUAGAUUCAUCAAAAGAUAAAGUGAAGGAAAAAGAAACUGAAAUGAAAGAAGCUGCAGUUGAAGAAACAAAGAAAGUUACAAAAGAAAGGCCUGGUUUAAUGAAAUCUUUGUCAAGAGACAGUGGUGAAGUUAUGAUUAUGCCAAAGAAAAAACACGCUAGGACGUUUUCAGUGCAAAGCUCUCCAGAUGAAGUCGAAGAGCAAAUUUAUACAGAUUCUGAAUCAGAUAUGGAUAAAGCCAAAGUUUUAGAAAUCAUUGAACCUUUAUCCGAUGUUGAUGGAAGAGGACCUGCUUCUAGUUUUGACCCCAGGAAAAUUAGGACAGAUUCUCUUGACGACGCCGAUGAUUUCCCAGAAAAAGAGAUGGAAGACUUCGGAGACGAAGUAAAAUAUGGUGAAGAUAUUCCAACAUUUCAUGACAAAAUGGAUACCAAAGACGCCACAGCAUCUAGUUACAGUGCAUCCCAACAAGAUGAAGAAGACGGAAAGUUUUCUGAAAAGAUUUCAAAACGGACGCAUUUCGUUGACAGCGUUAUGAAGUCUGACUUAGUAUCGAAAUCAACGACUGAAUCUUCAGUUACCACGGUCGUGUUAUCUUUAACAAAGUCAUCUGACGAGGAGCAAAAAUCAGUACUAGAAGAUGCAACGUCGGCUGAUUUGUCAAAAAUAAGUGGAGCGGAUUUGGUAAAAGAUCCCUCAAAAACUUCAAUGGACACUAAGGAUUAUGAAGAUGAAAAAGACAUAGAAAAGCUACUAGAAGAUCGUGGCACUCCCGAAUUAUCAAAGAAAUCUAUUGACUUGACUAAAGAUUAUUCGAAAUCAUCAAUAGAUAGUAAAGAUACCUCUAGAGAUUUUGCCACAAAUGAGCUGUCAAAAGAUUCAACAGUAGACUUAACUAAAGAUUUUUCAAAAGCGUCAGUUGAAAGUGUUAAAGACACAUCUAGGUCUAUCGACGAAAAAACAUUUUCUGAGGAUCAUUCGUCAUUAGAUGUUUCAAAAACUCUAGCAUCUGAUGGAUCAGAUGGAAUAACUAUUAGUAGAGAGUUUAUUGAAGAAGAAAAAUCUGCGUCGAAAAUAACAAGAAUUUCAACAAGCUCCUCACAAGAAACUUCAAUUUUAACUGAAAGCAAGUUUUUCAGCGAGCAUGAUGACAAAUCUAAGGUAUUAGAAAAAAGUGAACCAGAAAGAGAUUUCUUAGGUGAAAUGGAGCAGAAAAUUGAAGAACUAAAAUCUGAAGUAGUAAAAGAAAAAGAGGCGCAGAGUGAAAAGUCUAAGGUAGCGACUGGGGCACUAGAUAUUGAAGAUGACGUAAUAGAUGAUGUUCCUGAUAUGAAAGAACUCAAUAGGCGUUGUUCAACUCUUCUAGAAGAUAUAUCGGGUGCCCAAGGUGCAACCAUUAGAAUUGACUCAAGCCACGUGACGCACGAUUUCGUAUCAAAGUUUUCAAAAACACCACCACCAUCUCCCGUUGACCUGAGUGUAAGGGAUAAAGCUAAAACUGAAGAUGGUACUGGCGACAAGCCUACCGGGCUACAACUUAGAGGUUCCGACUCUUCGUUCCUGGACGCCAGCCGGCAGUCUCCGCGAGCUUCUUCAGCUGGUGACAGCAUGAUCAGCGAGACUGAGGCUCAUCAAAGUGAUAUACUUUCGGGGGCGUCCACGGCACAAAGCACAGCCGCCAGGCCAAAAUCUCCAACGAGACAUUUAGCAGAUAACCUGUCAUUCGUUAACGUCGACCAACCGACAAUUACAAGUGGUGCUAUUGAACUCGUUGAUCGCACCAUUAAAACUAGCAUGGAUGUCAUUGACCAAAUUAAGAAAGAAAAACUUGCUGCACAAAUGGAAGAACUGCAAAAAACGGGGUCUUCAGACACAUUCUUCAGUGAAUCUCGAGUCGAAACGUCGACAUCAUCUUCAUCUGUGCACAAGACUCUCGGAGGAACAGAUAUGGUGUUCCAAAGCAUUGAUCCUCAUGCUGUCAUGUCAGAUAUGGUUUCUAAGUUUGGAACCACAGUAGGUGAUUACAGCACAAUUCUAACACACAAGGAAACCGAGACACGUAAAAUCAGUGGACAAGAAUACUUCUCUGAAACUAAACAAGUAUCGUCAUCCGAUGAUGAUUCUUUAAUUAUCAAGACCGAAACGACUCAUGAAUUGCGCGGGCAGGAACAUGAAGUAAAAGAAAAGACUGUUGUACGUCGCGACGGAGAUCAGACUGAAACGUCUCAGAAAAAAGUAGAAAAAGCACACGAAGCUACCGCAAAAAGAUCUGAUGUUGAAACCAAAACCGUAUGUAAGAGUACAGACGACGCCGAAGUUAUAAAAGUACAGAGAGAAUUUUUAGAGCAAGGGCUGUAUACAGGUCGUCAGACCAAAUCUGAAGAAAGAAUGACUGCCAUCAAAGAUGACACUAUUAAGAAAAAACAUGAAGUUAAAAUUUCAGAAAGAGAUAUGUCGCAUGAGCAAUGGGGAAAAGAAUAUUUUACAGAACCAGGAGAACUGGAGGAUAUUGACGAGGAUGAUGACUCCAAAUCGAAAACGGCUUUUGUGGAUUCAAAUCUCAAGAUUGUUGAAAAAGACGAAAUUGUUUCUAGUGUAGAGGUUUCCGAAAAAGGAAAAGUUAUUAGUUCUACAGUAGAACAUCACAAAGAAGAAUCUGUCAUUGAAAGCAAAGAGCAUGAUGAUCUUAGCUCAGAUGCCUCUCAUACCACAAGUUUCAAAAGUGAAAUGGCUGAUAGACGUGGCUCAUCUGAAACUAGUCCUAAAAGUAAAUCAAAGUCUUUCAAGAAGGAUAAUGAAGUUUACGAAGUGGAUUUCAUAAAGGAGAUAAAAGUUUCGACUUCGCCAGUUAAAAGCACAUUUAGUCGAACUGGUAGUCAAGAUACUCAUUCUGAAUCGGAAGCAGCCCCGGAUCUCCCUCAUGAUGAAAAAACCGGAGACACUCCUAAAAAGGAAAAACUUACCAAAUCACCUAUUAAAGUGUCGCAACAACACAUUCAAGAUCAAGUGUGGGAAGUAUCGUUACAAAAAGCUGAUUCCUUUGAGUUGGCUGAGUCUUUACCUAGAUCACCGAAAUUGAAAACAUCUAUUACUGGUACAUCAAGCACAAUCACAAAAAGUUCUGAUAGUGAUACUAUACUUGAAGUGAAAACUGUAGUAGAGACAAAAACAGAAAUUACAAAACCAAGCAAAACUGACAUGUCGCCGAGCACUUUUGAAACAUCCGAUGAAAUUAGUACAACUUCGAAAGAUAUAAUGAUUAAAUCUGGCGAGAGUAUAGAUACAGAGUACAUGAUCAAAUCUCUUGAAUCUCACGAGGGAGAGGUACUACAAAAAUCUAUCGACUCCACAAUGAGCGUAGAAACGUUACACCCGUCUGAAUUUUCUACUGAUGCCGCUUAUACGGAUGCUGACUCAGCUUACUUGACUGGAACAGGUACCGAUCACAGAAGAGAAGAAUUAAAACUGGUUAAAGAAAAGAGUCUAGAAGACAUUUGCAGUAGCGGAUACGAUACUGAUCUCUCUUCUGCCGAGUUUCAAGCGAUGAAACUUGAGUCAGAACGGGUGGACCUAGAUUCUUUGAUCUCUGCUCAACCACUUGCCGACUUGUCAGUUUUGGAAAAAACUAUCGAUGAAGUCAAACAAUCCCUCGAAGCUGCUCAAGGAGAGAUCAUUAGCGAGAAAAGUGACGGUAGUAGCAAAUAUAAGCAGUCACCGUCAGAAUUCCAGUUCAAAAUGCUUAUUAGUCCUGAUAGGCCCGAAGUAAUUACAGAAGAGCCACACCAUGGGGAUGACCAUGAAAAACUUCCGUUUUCCGUAGAGAAACCUGCUGUUGAUAGUCAAAAAUCAGACAGCGCCUCUCAAGCGCAUAGUUCGCAAGAUGAAACAACUAUCUCCGAUGAAGAUAGAGACACUGUCCAUCAAAUGAAAGAAUCAAGUCCUCCUUUAGAGGGCGAUAUUUCAAUCAGGUCUGAUAGUGGCCCGCAUUCUAUCUUGGAAACUGAAAGUGAAGUGAUACUUUCGGAUAGAGAAGGUUCAUCUAAAGGUAGUCCUGAAGUAAAACUAAGAGUACAAAAGCACAUCAAAUCUAAGUUAGGUGUUGGUGAUCGACGGUCGGCCUCUGAAGUCGAAGGAUGGUCAAGUUCUGGGUCGAGCCACUAUCACAGUUUUGAGCAUUCCGAAAGUAGACCUCUAUCUUCGGAUGUUGAAGUCAUGAUGACUGCCCAAAGUGGAACUGAUUUUGAUACAGCACUCACUAGUCAUGACGUUUCGUCGCAAUCCCUGCGAACCUCCAAAGAUUAUUUCACUGCCGGUAGUUCGUUAGCGUCAAGGGAUAGCAUGAAAAGUUUAGACUCAGAUGGAUCCAGUCAUGUUGCCAGUAUUGAUAUAUCUGAUGCGUCAGAAACUCUCGUUCCAUCAGCAAACGAGUUAAAAGAAGAAUUAAUGGAAAGUAGCACAUAUGUUGAGCAAUUUUUACACGAAGCUGAAAAAGAAUCUAAGAAAGAUUUAAGUGAUGAAGAAUCAGGUGAUGACGAUAAGAAAGUUGAAGAUGGUGAACUAGUUGGUAAGAUGAAAAGAUCUCACGAGAUGCGAUUUCCUCCAAAAGACAUGGUUCCCGAGCAUUUCCCACUAGAAAGUGCAGCAGAGAGUAUUGAAAUAGAAGAAGACUCUUCUAAAGAGAAAGAAGGUUCAGACACAACCAUUUCUAGUCAGUUAAAGACAGAUGAAAUCCUGUCGUCCUCUAUCUCAAAGCUCGAUAUGCCUUCUUCCCAAUCUGAACCAGAAAUCGAAAAAGAAGAAAUAGUAGAACAAGUUAAAAAGGUAACCACUCAUGAUACAAAAGCCUUGCCAUUCUCUGUAACCCAAGUAGAUAAAACUCAAAGACAGUUCGUCGACGUUGAGAGUGAAAUAAUUCCUGUAGGUACUGUCGAAUAUCAAGAAAUAGUAGAACAUGGACAUGUCAUAUCAGAGAUUCGGAAAUCACCUCAAGAUAGCUCUAUUAUAAAAAAGACAGUAAUUCAUACUGAAGAAAGUAAACCUCUAGAAUCGGUAGGGCCAACUGAAGUUAAAGAAGAAUGUAUUAUGAAAGUGGUUAAAGAAGUUACCGUCGUGCCCUUUCCGAUAACAGAAAUACCCGCUAGUCAACGGGAGUUUGCUGAUGUUGAAAGUGAAAUUAUACCUGUGGGAAGUUCACAGUAUGAAGAAAUCUUGAAAUCAAAGAGUGAUUCAUCAGUACCAAAAACUAAAGCUGAAAAAUCAGUGGUUAAAACACCUGACUCACAGUUAGACAGCAAACAAAGCUCCACAUCGAGCCUCAAAACACAUGAGCAUGUAUCUACCCCACAUACACCUCUUUCAGCACCAAGUCAAAGCUCUUUGUCAACCGAUAACGGACGAGAAUACGUACUAGAUGACAUAUACGAUAUCUCUGAAACACCAGAACUAAGAUCAGACCUCGUGACAGAAAGUAGUAGAUCUGAAUUAGUAGUCACAACGGAAGAACGAGCACUACACACAUUUGAAAAGGAGCAAGAUUCACCAACGAGUGAUGAAUUUGAAAUGGUUGACAAACCAAGUGAAAUGGAUGAUUUUGUUGUCAUUGAAGAAGUUGCUAAGGAAGCUCAUGAAAGCGAUACAGAAGGUAAAAGUCUACAAAUCAAAGCAACAAAAUAUGUCAAACGACACGAUACUGAAGUAGAGGAGUUCCUGUCGAAAGCCUCAAAGAAGCAAGAAAGCACAAGCAGCACCUCAGGAUCGUUAUCCGAUGAGGAAUUGUUACAAUAUGAAUUAGAGCAAAAGAAAUUGCAAGCUUUAGAACUGGCAGAAAUUGAAGCUGGUAAGCGAUGGGUACAAAUGCAGUUUGAAGGAGAUCCAAGGUAUGAUUACGAAAGAGUUCCUCUAGAAGAUAUUAAGGAAGAAGAAAUGACUGAUUUUGAUGCUAGUAGAAUUGGUAGUUUAAGUUCGCAAAAGGAAUCUAUAGGGAGUUUUGGCAGUUUUAGGAAUUCUUACGGUAGUCUUUCUGAAUCCGAAAUGGCGUCACGAAUGCGAUUUAGGAUAAAGGGAGAAAAUGAUGAUAUCUCUAUUAGCUCACUGCAAGAGUUUGAAAAUCUUGAAAAGGCAUUAAUGGAACAAUAUCAGCAGCAUUCGUCAUCAUCUCAGGAUUCCCUAAAUGGGUCACUUCCCCGACGGUACGUUUUAAGUAAAAGUCAAGGAGAUGACAUAUCUAUAUCAAGCCUUAAAGAAUUUGAAGGACUUGAAUCAGCUUGCUUGGAAGCAUUGAAAGCCGAAAUAUUGGCUAAACAAAAGGAGGCACUUCUCAAAGCUGACCCGAAAGAUGUUAGUAGCUUUUUCUUGGAGCAGGAAAAGCGAUCGUACAGUGGCAGUUCAGAAAGCAGUCCACCUCAAAAAGGAGGAAGUCCUUCUCAAAAAAGCGGCAGUCCAUCGCAAAAGAGCGGCAGUCCUUCACAAAAAGUAGGCAGUUACGGUAGCCCCUCUCAAAAGCUUCUGAAUGAAUCAGCAGCAAUCAGGAAGCUUAUUGAUCAACAAAUGGCUUUAGAACAGAAACUACAAGAGUCAGUUACUCCUAAAGUGGUAACUGUAAAGAAAUAUGAUGACCGGGGUGCUUUCUUUGUACCUGAACCGGAGCCAGAAACAUGCCAAGCGCAAGGCGAAGAGAUUAAAGAAGAAUGUGUAAAGGCCUCUUCAUUUGUCUGUGCCGCUGCUCCCAGUGACGGUUCUGCUGAAUCGAUUCCUGGUGAUUGCGAGGAAAUGAUGAAACUCUUGGAUCAAGAAGAGAAGAAGAAAGAUCAAGCCGUCACUAGGACUUUUACAGACGGUGGCGUUAUCGAAGUUGUCCGAACAACUACAGUGAUCCAACAGAAAUUUGUAGACGGGAAAAAAGUAUCAGAAACUGUAACAAGUUCAGAUCCGGAAGGAGCUAUGGAUAUUCCGGCCAGGCCUAGGGAAUUGGAAGAUAGCGCGAUGUCUUUCGGCUCUGAAAUAUCUUCUUCGAUAACGUCUCAGCCUUCUGAUAUGGAUAGUUUAAUGACAGUUAUGGAGCGCCGAGUUUCAGGCGAGGUUGUGACGGUCACGAAGCAAACAAUCACAAUGUCUGAUAAGCCCGAAGACUUAGAGUUUUCGAGGGAGAGUAGCGCAGUUCGUGAGCUGUCGCCCUCCUCUGGGACGUCGGUGGCCCAUAGCGUUAUUUCUUUUGGUAAACACUUUACAGAUCCAGCUAGUGGCUCCUGGAGCGGUCAGGAUGAAGAACUAAGCUCAUCGGGAAGCUUUAGCAGGGGUGCACGCGCGGACCUAAUGCUAGGCAGCACCGAUAGUCUAGAAGCUACCAGCUCCAACGCUACAAGAGCGACCUAUAAUUACGAGGUCGACACCCCUAUGACCGGCAGUCUCACCUCUGGAGCGGUCCGCCCUCCAGGGUCGAACACCAUGGUGUCCUCCCUGGAUACCCUGGACCCGGUGACGGCGGUGAACAUGGAGAGCUUGGAGCACCCCAGCACGAGUGAACACUUCUCGCAUGAUUAUGAGGUGCAGGAGCCGGACUCAGAUACGGAGAGGCUGGAGCUUGACGGCCGAGUGCCCCGCGCUAAGGAGCGUACGAUCAUGUUUGACAGCACCGACACUCUCAGCGCCGUCAGCGGCGAUGGGUCCGUUCGUGAAGCUGUCGUUGAGACCCCUGCAGCCACUUUCUACAUCGGAGAUACACCUAUAGUUAGAGGAGACAAGAAAGACGACGAGGACGAAGAGCAGCCAGUGCUUUCUGGCAGUUGCCCGGCGUCUCUGCCGCCGGCAACGCAAUCCUCACCGCCCAUACCAGCCCAGAGAAGAUCUUUGACAAUGCUAGCAAAAUCUCCUCCAUCAAGCUUUGAAGACUCGAAAAAAUAAAUAGAUCUAUCUUAGGUUUCUUCGACACCUAUAUUUGCUUUCGAAUCUAUUCAAUCACAUAAGUUCAAUUGUGAUAGUCACAGCGUUCUAUUCAUCUCUUUAAAAACAGCUAAUCUUGUGGCUUCAUCACGACACGUUCCUCUAUAAUACAGUGAUUUUAGUAAAAAAUCUUCAUCGUUUUGAUUAGGAAACAGACAUGUAGUUAAAUAGUCAAAUAUCUAUCAAUAAACAGUUAACAGUUGUAGGCAAAUAUCAAUGUUACUAUAAGGCAUCUAUUGUGAUAGUUUGUAUCGAAACUCAUGUAAUCAUAUAUAAGUCCAAUAGCGAUGGUCAUAACGCACACUAGGGAAUCUCAUCAGUCAUAUUACUCUGUGGUUAAUGUGAGAGAUCAUUGGUCUGCUGCACCAACCUUUGGUAAUGUUCAAUCAAGUCUAAGUAGUAUUGCUAAAGCUAUACCAAAGGUUGGCGUUGCACACUGACAAUAAUGGAUAGUAUUUUGGUACUCACUUUUGUACUGAACUGUCGGAUUUUGACGACAUGGUCCAUGUUACUUCGACCUAUGAACUAAUAGAUAGCGCUUAGCUUUAUCUAGUUUUGGAAUUAAACAUUGCUUAAUGAUAUGUCGUUAACUCUUUAGUAGGCGUAUUAACCAUUUUGUAAGUCUUUAGCAUUGUUUAGAUAUGGGAAAUUUAAGAAAUAUUAAGAUAAAUGGCCAGACGAGAAAGGAAAUGCGAUACUUAGCUUCUGCUGAAAACUGAUCUCUACAAAUUCAUGCACAAUUUCUUACAUAAGUAGAUAGGUAGAGAUACAAUAUAGGCUAAGGUUGAUAAACAUUUUCUACGGCCAAUAUCUCCUUUUUGCAAUCUAUUAAGGGUUUUUAAAUGAUGAAUCUGGUAGCUGAUUUUAGGAAAUCGAAAGUUCUGAAAUAGGUAGUCAAGACGGCCGUAGAUAUAAUCCUGAAAUAAAAGUUAUGAUGGAGGCUUGCUCACUUUUAAGUCUUCGUUGCCUUGAUGGUGUGAAAAUUGAUAAUAAAGCGAUUUGUCCUUGUACUUCCUUCGCUAAUAGCGAUUCGUGGCCAGAUAGUAGUAACAGUGACUAUAUUUGCUUCGCUUUCUUAAGCGAGAUUUUAAAGGAGUUUUUGGUCAUUAUUGAUGAAUGAUAGACUGAUGAUGGUUACGUGGAAGCUUUGCCGAUGCAAGCUGAUUCUAAACAGCUAUCUGCAGUAACCAGGCUAUCAUUAGGAUCAGUGCUUGUAAUAUUUUAUAUAAAUAUAGUUUUGUCUUAGUGUGCUUAAGGAUCGGUGUUAGGGUACGGCUAGUCUAAUGCUAUUGCUGUUUAAGUUUCAAAAUUAAAUCAGUUGCUUUGUUCAAUUUGUUCAAGUUGUAUUUGUAAUGAUGCUGAAUAUUCUAUCGAUAACUUAAAUUAUUAUUGAAUAUUAAAUAAAAUGCUGUCUCAUAUUUAAA